AUGAUUGUAUAUUUUCGGGCAAGCAAUCACGACUCGAAUGGCGCUGUAAUGGCUCACAAGUUAUUUACGACCGCGACCACUCAUCAUCAUGAUAUUGACGCUGCUUCUAGGGAAGAGGCAGGAGUAGGCCCCAAGGUCAUACACGAUGAAGAACCUUUUCAUAAAUGUGUUCAUGAUGAUAUUUUGCAAUAUGAGAGAUCAAUUAGUCAUCUUCCCGGAAGCAUCUUUUACCAGAUGGAGGCUAGUUUUCUUCAUCAAGAGCGAGAAUUAAGGAAGAGAAAGCGGUCCGCCACGACAGUACAGGAAGUCUGGUCGAAUUUGAGAAUUGCAUUCAGAUUAGAUUACUUGGGCUCGACCGAUGUGGAGUCGCGAUCGUGCAUUGUGAAGGAUCAAUGGUACUGGGAUGGAAUCAAUACGCCACCUUCGAGUCCAUUUCCUGGAACACCUGCUUGCGAUACGAAAACUUUAACCACGAAUUGCUGGCGUAGAUGUACAGAGACACAAGUUAUUUCGGAUGCUCUUAUUACGAACGUUAGAGAUGUGUUAUUACCAUCACUCAAGCAAGAGCUUUCGUUCAUGGUGCAGACACGAUCUGUAAAAGAUGGAGACUUGACAUCGUUUUUCAGUGCAAUGACUCGAUGCGGUUCCAGAGGAGGCGUGCCAAUCCCUUCUGAUUUGAAGACACGUGGCUUUGACGGUCUCAACGCUGACAUGAUCAUUUUCGUGACAGCUCGUCCCACAGACACUGGUGUGCUUGGUUGGGCUGUACAAUGUGCCUCUGAUGUCAUAACGAAACGACCUCUCGCUGGACAAUUGAAUUUGUCGCCAUCCAUCCUGAGCUACUCGCUCAAAGAGAGAAUGACUGUGCUUGUUCACGAGUCCUUACAUGCACUGGGUUUUUCUCAGGCAGCAAUGAGUACAUUUUACAAUAGUACUCUGUCGAGAACCAUGACAUUCAACGAAGUGGCAGUUGCAGCAAAGAAGACAUUUGUAGAUAAUUAUGGAACGUCACAGUCUGUAGACGUGAACAUUCUGAAAACUCCAAAGGUAGUAGAGGUCGGACAAAGUCACUAUGGUUGCCCAACACUGACAGGAAUAGAAAUGGAGGAAGGUGGCGGGCAAGGCACAGCAUUCUCUCAUUGGGAAAAGAGAAUAAUGAGAAAUGAAAUAAUGGUUGGAAGUUUGGGAAAGGACCAAAUGAUUUUGAGUCCCUUCACCCUUGCAUAUUUUGAGGAUUCAGGUUGGUAUAAGGCCAAUUUUUCGCGAGCCACUACAUUGCAAUGGGGAAGGAGUAUGGGCUGUAAAAUGGCGACUGGGCGUUGCGAACAGUGGUCUCAAGAUGCGCCUUCACAAACUGGCUAUUUUUGCAGAGAUUCAAGUGUCUCAACAUGUACCUAUGAUUUUAAAAGUAAGGGUGCCUGCUCCAUCACUCAACACACACAAGCUUUGGGAUAUUAUGAACACAUUGCGGGUAGCCCUAGAUUAGGAGGUCAGGAUGCAUUGAUGGAUUAUUGUCCCUUAAUAGAACCUGUCACUUCAUGCUCAGAUAUGGGCGCUUCUAAAGUGAGUGUCAGUGAAUAUUUUGGAGCUGAUGCUGCUUGCUUUGACAGCAACAUUGCUGGUUUGUUGGUAAGUCAAAAGGAGGUCGACACGAGAUGUUUCAAAUACGCCUGUGAAGAUGGCUUGCUUGUUUUCUUCAUUCAGGAUCGUAGAUAUACUUGCUCUGCCUCUCAAGAAUAUGAAAGAAAAGAAAAUAUGCCAAUUGGAUUCAAAGGAUAUGUUGCCUGUCCCAAGAAUGGUUAUGAUAUUUUGUGUGGGCAAAAGACAGCAAAGAAAGUUCCACACACUUCUAAAGGACCAUGUUUGUUUGGAGUUUUCUUUUGCAACUCGGCCUCGAAUGCUUUUGAAAAUGCUUUUGUGACCUCAUUGAAAGUCAUCAUUGCUUUCUUGGGAGCAUUUGUGCUGCUGGUGGAAUAA